GACGAUGAGGAAUAUGCCCGCGCUCGUAUUAAGGGGCUGCUGGCAAGCCAAGUCGAUUACGGAGUUUGUGCAGAAGCCGAAAACGGGGUGGAUGCAGUGCUGAUGACUGAACGUUAUCAGCCGGACAUUGUGCUGAUGGACAUUUCUAUGCCCGGUAUGGAUGGGUUAGAAGCGGCACGGCACAUUUCGGGCAUGGAUAGCCCACCAGCCGUCAUAUUCACCACAGCGUAUGGAGAAUAUGCUUUAGAAGCCUUUUCAACAAAAGCAACAGGGUAUCUUAUGAAGCCUAUUAGACAAGAACAAUUAUUACAAAGUCUGGAACAAGCCCGCUCACUGAACCGCGCUCAACGUAUGGAAGCAUUGGAAAACCGUGAGGGUCGUAGCAUGUUGUCGCGCAAGCAUAUUUGUGCACGGAUGCGUGGCAACCUUGAGCUGAUCCCCAUUGAAGAUGUGGUGUACUUCCAGGCCGAUCAGAAGUACGUGACCGUGCGUCAUAAAAAGGGUGAAGUGAUUAUUGAAGAGUCACUGAAGUCUUUGGAAACGGACUUGGCUGACCGUUUUAUUCGUAUUCACCGCAAUGCCUUGGUAUCUAAAACGGCGAUUGCCGGUUUGUCCAAGUCAUCAGUGGGGCGUACCCAAAUUGUGUUGGAUAACGUCAAGGAUCAACUGGAAGUCAGUCGCCGUCAUUUGGCGGAAGUCCGUCGAUUUGUGCGUAACCGUUAA